CAAUAAACGAAUUGAGAAGGUGCGAAAGAGCACAACAUACAGCACAUGUGACUAGAGUGAGAGAGGACGACUGACAGUGAGGUCGAAGAAAAACACGCGUUGUUGCGGCUAAAAUUUCCGCUGUAUUUACAUUAUUUGGAAGAAAAAACGCAGCCAAACAAAAUGUCUAGCUCCGGGAGAAAGCGCAAGCAGCAACUGAAGCCGCGCCAGGACGAUCACCGAUCGCCGGUGAAGCGGCGCAGUGUGGACAUCAAGUCGGAACCCUUGGACGGCUAUCCGGCGCUCGCAGACUACGAUUUAAGUACGGCCGAUAUCAAGCCGGAUCUCACUGAACUCCAAUUGCAGCUGGUGGCGGAGCAGCAGGCGCCCACCAACACCGUUCGCUUGGAAUUGGAAGAGCAAGAAAGUGAUUCCGACGAGGAUGGCUACUCGGAGCUUGAUUACCAAGCGGCAGAUGUCUUCUGUCAGGACGAUAUGGAUGACUACGAUCCAGAUUGGAGCAGCCAGCAGGCGGGCUCCAGACUACUCUUCAAAUUUCCCAUGCAGCAAACUGGGCUGAAAUUCGGACAACGCUUCCAGGGACCACAGCACUACUUCAACCAACUGCUGGGAAAUCGCUCCAAGUUCUUCAGUUCCCUAGCCCAAAGCUGCAACCUAAAGGGAGGAGAGCUCAAGUCCAAGCCCACAACUGCAGAAGAAAUGGAAAUCUUUAUGGCGCUUUCCCUGCUUAUGUGUGACCUGAAGUUGGAGCACCUUUCGGAUUACUGGAGCACUAACAUGUUUUACGGUCUCGUCGGAUUCUCUGGAAAGAUGCCCCUGGAACGGUAUCAGCAGCUGCUGCACAGCCUUAACGUUGAUGCACCGCAGCUACAAACAGGCAGAGCCAAACUGAAGAACUGUCUACUGCUAGACUUCAUCAACGAGCGUAUGGAAGAGAUAUACAUUUGUGGCCAGCAAAUGGUACUCAAUGAACCUAUCACUCUGUGGAAGGGUGCAUUAAGGUACCAGGAUGAUCUUCCAAACAAAUUCCGUACCAACGCACUACUGCUGCAUAUGCUAACUGAGCAGAGCGGUCUGGUGGUGAAGAUUCUACCGGAGAUUGUGCGGAAGGAAGACGCACCGGCAUGGGUACGCAAUUCCCGGCAGUUGGUGGAGCACCGAAACAAGAUUGCCCUGAAACUAAUGGAGGGUUACCAAGGAGGUCGCACUGUGUACGCCUCAAAGUUCUAUGGAAGCUACGGCCUGGCUCAGGAGUUGGCCAAGAAAAGCACCUAUUGCACUGGUCUGCUGGAUAGGAAUAGAUAUGGCAACAGUAAGGCACUGGUGCACCAGCGUUUGGAUUCCAACAGCAUCUCCACCAGCUAUGCCACUUCUCUGAUGAUGGCCAAAUGGCGACGACGGGCAAAGAGCUUGUACUUCUUCAGCUCUGACUGCUUGGCCAUUUAUUCCAAGGAGAUGGCCAUGCAAAAGACAAAUGCAAAACCUAAGUUGAUCCAGGAGCUCGAGUUUCAACUACGACCUGGAAACGAUGGUCGCCACCACCUGAUCCACUACCAAGCUGCCUGCAAGGAGCUGCCGGCAAACAUGAAGCUGACCAUUUUCCUACUCAACAUCCUCGUGUACAAUGCCUAUUUGCUAUACUUCGCCAAUGGCCAGAAUGCGCGAGUCGGACAUCUUAAAAGUUACUCGGAGUUCCGGGUGAUCAUCAUAAAGUCGCUUCUAAGAGAAGAAGUGACGAACGAACCGGUAAUUAGUCCCCAGAAGCCAGAGACAUAUGAACGGUCAAAGAAUAAACCGGUGCCCGAGCCCAGGUUGAAGACGGUUCUACACGAACCCAUGCUUAUCCAGCAGAACGGAAAGCCCGCCAAGAAAAACUGCCGCUAUUGCCACAAAGGCGGAAUGCUGCAGUUCAGCAGGUACAUGUGCAACACCUGUCCCGAUAAGCCGGGUCUAUGCCAGGAACCCUGCUUUCUGCUCUGGCAUGAGCAGCUCAAAAAGUAAUCAGACAGACAAUUGGACGAAAUGAAUAAAAAUAGAUUAUAACUUGUUACAGAG